UCGCGGCGCGGCGCUUGCUCCUCCUUCCUCCUCGCCCUUCCUCCGUCUCCAUCUCCGCCUCCGCCUGGCUCGCCCGCAGCCCCUGUCCCCUCCCCCAAGCGUCGGGCUGCUCGGCGGCUACUGCGGAGAAUUCCGAGCCGAGGCGCCGAGGAGGAGCAGGAGGAGGAGGAGGAGGAGGAGGAGGAGGAGGCGCCCCCGGACCCGGUCCCGGUCCAGUCUCGUCCCCGCGCGCCCUCCGCCGCCUUCCCGGACGCGCUUCUCGGAGCUUCUCCGCGCAAGACCAGGCUUGGGUCUCGCCGCCGCCCCCCGUUUUCUUCUGCAAAAGCGGCUCGCUGGAUCCUCAGUCUUCCACAAUGAAUCCUGUUUACAGCCCCGUGCAGCCUGGGGCUCCUUAUGGCAACCCUAAGAACAUGGCCUACACUGGUUAUCCAACAGCCUACCCAACAGCAGCCCCUGCCUACAACCCCAGCCUGUACCCCACCAAUAGCCCCAGUUAUGCUCCAGAGUUUCAGUUCCUGCAUUCAGCUUAUGCAACCCUGCUGAUGAAACAGGCCUGGCCACAGAACUCAUCUUCCUGUGGUACUGAAGGCACCUUCCACCUCCCAGUGGACACCGGGACGGAGAACCGAACUUACCAAGCAUCCUCUGCAGCUUUCAGAUAUACUGCAGGGACACCGUACAAGGUCCCGCCGACCCAGAGUAAUACCGCUCCACCCCCCUACUCCCCAUCACCCAACCCCUAUCAGACGGCCAUGUAUCCAAUCAGAAGUGCCUACCCCCAGCAGAAUCUGUAUGCCCAGGGAGCCUACUACACACAGCCAGUGUAUGCUGCCCAGCCCCAUGUCAUCCAUCACACCACCGUUGUCCAGCCCAACAGCAUUCCCUCCGCCAUUUACCCGGCCCCUGUUGCUGCCCCCAGGACCAAUGGUGUGGCUAUGGGUAUGGUGGCAGGUACCACCAUGGCAAUGUCAGCAGGAACCCUGCUAACUGCUCCCCAGCAUACUGCAAUCGGGGCACACCCUGUCUCCAUGCCAACAUACAGGGCCCAAGGAACCCCUGCAUACAGCUACGUGCCCCCACACUGGUAAAGCCGUCUGUCCAUCCAAAUCUGGAGUCACACAUUGUAUGCAACUACUCAAGUCUUACACAGGUGCUGGAGCACCCUAGCAGCACCACCUCUACUUGCAAGAAGAGAAUGGAAGUGCAAGGGUCACUUUAUGCAUCUUUAAUGGUUUUGGUUUUAGUUUUGGUUUUUGUUAAAGCUGCUUUUUUCUAAUACCAUUCUUCUCCCACCAUCACCUUUUGGCCACUGCCCUUCCAGUUCUUGCCCUCCUCUCUUUCCUGACCAGGCAUAUCCCCUCAGUUCUUUUCUUCCCUGAGUGUAUAGUCCCUCAGAAUCCCAGUCUGGGCAGGAGAGAGUGGGGUGUGUUGCAGUGGUUCAGCAGAAGACUCUGUUUUUCUUAGCCCAGCAGGCAAACGCGGCCCCAUCCAGAGUCAGCAGUCUGAGCCAUGGAGCAGGCCACGUCGCCUCUGGGGGAUUCUUUGAUUUUGAUUUUUCUUCAGUGAGAUUAGUUUAGGACAUGCCAUGUCCUCCCACAAAAUAAAUGUCUUCUGAGAACCAUCGCAACAGAACUACCUGCUUGGAUAGGAAUGUUCAUAGCAGCUUAACACCCCAGAUUGAGAUCCUGGGAAAACCAGAAUCUUAUUUUGGAAGAACUUAGGGGUAUGGGGGGAUAGGGCCUGAGGAAAGAAGAGGGGAGAGGUCCUUGUCUGCUUUGGUUUGUAAGGUCUUUGGCCACAUUGUUUGGGCCUGGACCCUCUGAUUUGCACAGUGAUGUUAACUGAUCUGGCACUUCCUCAGAAGGUGGUUUUGACCUCAGACCUGCCAACAGCUUCAGGGUGGUAGGUCCCAGCCUCCCAAAGCCUUGGAAGGCUGGGUGCCCGUGUCAACCAUAACUGGCUCCUGAGCCUUCGUGGACCCACUCUAAUGAGGAGCUUCCUCCUGAUGAGAGUGGGGAACUAGCAUUUCUCUCCUCCGUAUGUCCUUCCCAUGCCAGAGCUCACCUACUGGUCCUUGGGGCUGACAGCCAAGCCAAGGCCUUGAUUACUUAUGCUAUCUUGGCCAAAGUGAAGGUGCCACAUUCCAGGUGGGUGCUGGCUGCUCUGAAGGUCAGGAUAGUGAAGGAAAAGCAAUAGCAAUAAACAUUUCAUAGACUCAUAGACCUGAAGGGACCUUAGCAAUCAUCUCAUCCUUUCCCCUGUUUGACAGCUAAGGAAAUGGUGGCCCAGAGAAGAGGAAAGGCCUUCCCUAGCUCUCCCGUAAAUUAGCAUUCAAUGCAGCCUUCCUCUAGGGGCAAAUGGCCUACAAAAAUGUAGCUCCGGAUGGAAGGGCUUGUUUUUUUGAAAAUUAAGUCAGCAGCGCCCACACCUGGUGAGCUCUGGAACUCUCUGGUCUUUUGUUUCUGUUCCCCACACACAUGGCAGGGAUUGAAGACUGGGCAGAGGUCUCAAGGGGCAGGUGGCAGGAAAAAAAAUUGCAAAUGAAGAAAUAGCAUUAUGGGAAUUCUGUGAAGAUAUCUGGAUCUUUCACCCUGGCCGCAGCCCCUGGAGAAGGGACAGGCAGGCCGGCUACAGUGGAGAAGCCCUGCAUGUAGGAUGGCAGCACUCACCCAGAUGGUCAGGACAAGGAUGGGGGCCCGGGCUCUAUGGCCUCUCGCUGCCAGUACUUCUGGUGGGGCAGGGGUACUGAACAAACAGGAUCGUUGAUAACAUUUGGAACUUUAAAAACAAAAAAACUUUGUAUCAUUUUGAGUUCAUGAAAACAUGGACAUAUCCCUACUCCUACCUCCGUGUCUCCCUAAAGGAGGGGGGAAAAUUAUCAGGAAACCUUUGGGCUGGAAGGACCUCAGAGGCUGUCUGACUGUAUCUGGGAAGGCAGAGCCCAUCAGCACCCUCAGUCUACUCCCAGGAAUUGGGGCCCAUCUACUUGGGUUUCCAGGGAAUUGCAGGACCAAGAGGAGAAAACCUCAGCCGUUUUAAACGGUCUGUUCUGGGGUACUGAAGAGGCUUCAUUUUUAAAUAUUUUUCCAGUGUUAAUACUUCCCUCCCCACCCCAAUACCUUCUCCUUUUCUCUGGUUUUGUAAGGAUGGAUGAAGGUGGUUUUAGAUUAUGUCAUUCAUGUUUGAAAAAAGCCAAAAUGAUAAUGGUGGUCAUAGGAAAUCUUUGCGUUCAUCAUGUGCUUCAUAGAUUUCAAAGCACUUCACGGGCUUUAGACAGUGCCGUAUCCAUUUGAUAAUGAGAAAGCUGGGUCUUGGCAGCCCAAAGUGAGCAGAAUGCUGGUGUGAGAGAAACUUCACGGCCCUGGCAUCUUCAGGAGGCUAGGAGGGGAGGUCUCAGAAUGAUGAACAGCCUUUUCUUUCUGCACAAGUGACCCCUUGUAUCUCACAGCUCUUAAAGCAGUUCACAUUCAUUGUCUGGCUUAACCCUACACAGCCCAUGAUUCCUCCUGUGAGAUUGGGGAAGAAAUAAACAUUGUAGAAAGGCA